AUGAGUGACCUGCAGAAGGCGUGGGCGAAGAAGAAGAUGGAGAUGAGCAAUGCAGAUGUCUUCAACGAGCUCGACGAGGAGGAGGAAGAGGAAGAGGAGAACGGCCGCAUCGGGGAGCUCCCUGAAUACUUGGACGACGACUCCUCGUCCGCUUCGUCAGCGUCGUCCACAGGCACGGUGGUUCCAACUCCGAGCAGGAAGCUCUUUGCCAGACCUCUAGGUCCUCCCAGAGGAGGGGGCAGGACGUUGGACCAGAUACCUUGGACAACAUAUUUCGAGCGGGAGCUCUUCCUCGAAGGACAGAAAGACGACUCCGGUACAGUUCAAAUCACGCACCACGCCUACCUGAACUCUCCUGGCGACAAGGGGCCUCUGUUCGUGAUGCAUCAUGGCGCUGGCUCCUCGGGCUUGUCAUUCGCGGUGGUGGGAUCGGAGAUCAGGAAGCGGCUGUCUUCUGCAGGUGUCCUUUCCCUGGACGCGAGGGGCCACGGAUCAACGGUCACGGCGACGCAAUCGCCUCCUGACCUCAGCCUGGAGACACUCCGUGUUGAUCUGCUGACUGUGAUCCAGCAGACUCAAGCGCAGAUGGGCUGGAAAGAAUUGCCCCCGAUUGUGCUCGUUGGUCACUCCCUGGGUGGAGCUGUUGUCACGGAUCUUGCAAAGUCUCAUGCUUUGGGCAACUCACUUCUCGGAUAUGCAGUCCUAGAUGUCGUCGAGGGCUCAGCCAUGGACGCACUCACAAGCAUGACCACGUACUUGUCAACCAGGCCUACAGGCUUUGCCUCGGUCCAAGCUGGUAUUGACUGGCAUAUUCGAUCGAGGACACUUCGCAACUCGAUCUCCGCGCGUACGAGCGUGCCUGCUCUACUGACCCAGGAUCAAACCCCAGGUGCGAGCAGGCCUUGGAAGUGGAGGACGGAUCUCGCUGCUACGGAACCCUUCUGGUCGGACUGGUUCGUGGGCCUGAGCAAGAAGUUCCUCGAGGCGAAGGGCGGGAAACUGCUGAUCUUGGCCGGAACCGACCGGCUGGACAAAGAAUUAACCAUCGGACAGAUGCAAGGCAAAUAUGCGUUGCAUAUCUUCCCGGAGGCUGGCCAUUUCGUCCACGAGGAUGUGCCUGAAAAUACGGCCAUGGUUAUCGUCGAUUUCUACAGACGCAAUGAUAGAAGUGCUUUGGUCCUGCCUCCCAAGGUGGGAGACUUGUUGGCACAGGGCAAACGAGUCUAG